AUGCCAAACACCACACUGCCAGAUAAUGGCCAAUGGAACAGCAAACCCGCCUGGAAACUGCCAGGAUGGUGCGAACCAGUCAUGGUGGCCAGCAUAUUGUUCUUCGCCAUGUUCAUCACCCGGAAACGGAACUACAAGAUAUUCGCCCCAUUGUCGUCGCGAUCAGGCUAUCUGGACAGCAUACCCAACGAGUCCAUGGACAACCUCCUCCCAUCCUCGGACAGUGAUAGCGACCUGGACGAAGCCUACUAUGCCAUCAAGAAUCCAAACGCGCCCAAGAUCCGCUCGCUCGGCUGCUGCAAGGUGACAACGCCCAGCACUGCGCGCUUCCGAAAAAAUAUCCACAGUCGCAUCCUGCAGCGCUUCCCCUUCCUCAUCGAAAUGUUCUACUGGAUCAUCAACUAUGCCUUUUACCGCAUGACGGCCAUUGCCUCGUCCAAGCUCUUUGCCGGGCGCGGAAUCUGGGACGUUGCCCAAGAACACGGCAUCGCUGUCCUCGAGGCUGAACAGUUUGGCCCGCUACGCUUCCUGUUCCCGCUGCGCGAAAGAGAUGUGCAACAGUGGUUUAUGCAUGGUCACCAGGAUGCGCUGACCGUGUUAAACAAAUGCUAUGCCCUGAUUCACAUUCCUGGAACCGUGGGUUUCAUCUGCUGGUACUAUUACGUUGCCCCUUCGUUUGACACCUUCGCCAUCGCUCGCCGAACGCUUACCCUCACAAACUUUUGCGCUUUCUUGACCUUUGUUGUAUACCCAUGCAUGCCUCCGAGAUUACUCCCCACCGAAUACGGCUUCCUCGACACUGUGCGCCACGACGAUGCGCAGAGUGUCUGGAUGAGCGGCAAGUUUGUCAACCAGCUCGCUGCCAUGCCCUCGAUGCAUUUUGGCUACUCCUUCUGCAUUGGCAUGACGCUCAUCUACCACUCCGGCCUCUUCCGCCGCACCCUCGAACCCGGCGAAGUUCGCAAAAACGCCUUCUGGAAGAUUUUCUACCUUGUUUUCGGAAUCGGAUACCCAACGUUUAUCCUGACUGUCAUUGUCGCCACCGCCAACCACUACUUGAUGGAUGCCCUCGUGGCCACGUGCUUCGUCUUCCUCUCGUUCCUCUGCAACAAGGUCUUUUACGUUUUUAUCCCACUCGAGGACCUUUUGCUAUAUGCUAUCCGGGCCGAUAAGCCUGUACCCACGACGGGGGACCGCUUUCGGGAAAAGGGCGGUCGUCUCUAG